AUGCCUCCAAUCAACAUGUUGCCUACAGAAAUGGUCGAUGCAGUCGGUAAGCGGCUGGAUCGUACCUCGCUGGUCAGUUUUGCGGAGACGUCGAAAGCUUUCAAAGAUAUGUUGGGAAAGGCCAUGACCGAAGAAGCGAGGGAAUACGCCUUGGCCGAUGAGUCUGAGUACAAGGUGCGAAUCAUAACUGGUGAGGACGGGGAAACCCGACUAUCGGAUGACUGGGGGCUCAACAUGCCCCGUCAACCCCUUUUCGACGCAGUCAACAUCCAACGAAUCGAUGCUGUGAAAGGAUUUCUGGACGCUGGCGUGGAUCCAGAUUCGUACAGCGUGACUGGCGAUCGCUUGCUCUCCUGUGCCGUCCGCACCCAGUCUGAAGAACUUGUGGAUCUCGUGCUCAGCAAGGGUGCUAGCCCUGCUCUCAAAAACGUGUGUAAGCCAUAUACCUCACCUCUCGAAGUCGCAGCCUAUGAACGGGCUGAUCACUUGGCCCAGAAGCUCAUGGCCGUUGGCGCUGAGGCUACUCCGGACGGAGUCAAGGCCGCAAUUGUUUCUCAUUGUUCGCUGGACACAAUCAAGCUCGCUAUGGAAAAAGGUGCUGAUUUUGGAAAUCCAGUUGCCGAAGGCGACAGUGUAUUCCACUCUGCUGCGGAGAACAAACGACAUCAGGACGUCCUCGCCUUCUUCAUUGAACAGUAUCCCGACCAGAUCUCCGCCCGGAAUGAUUGCGGAGAAACAGCUCUCCUCUCGGCUCUCUUUGUAGGAAAUCUGGAAGGUGCACGGCGUCUCAUCGAGGCUGGUAUCGACGUCAAUUUCACGGACAGAGUCAACAUGACUGGUUUCCAUAUCGCACUUGAGAUUGCGAAAGACUUGUCCGACGGAGAACAAAUUGACGAGGAAAUGCGCGCAGAGCUAAUGUCACUUCUCAAAGUGAUGCUCGAAAAUGGGUACCAGCCAGGUGUGCAAAACCAAGAAGGCUGCACAGAGCUCCACUUUGCGGCCGCUGCACCAGUGCCAGAAAUUCUCCGCGAACUGCUCGCCUGUGGGAAUAUCGAUGUCGAGGCGCAGACUGGCGAUAAUGAUGAAACGGCUCUCCACUUCGCGGCAGCGGCCGGCCAGCUCGAAAAUGUGCAAUUGCUGGUGGAGGAGGGCAAUGCAGACGUGCAUGCAGAAGACGGUGAUGGUCUGACGCCUGCAGAGGUGGCAGAGAACAAUCUCUGGGGCGAAGUGGCCGAGUACCUCAGAGAAGCAGCCCAAGAUUCCAGCACGGACGAAGAGAUGACUGACUGA